CCUGGUUUCUUCGUCAAUCAGCACAAGACAGUAGUCAAAUUCCUCUUCUCUCUCGCUCUGUUUUAGCAUAAGACAAAAAGAUUUUGUUGGUUCUGACAAUUUGAUCGACGGUGCACUGGAAUUAUCCAAUCUGCUCUAGUGCUUCUAAUUCAGCUCAGUCAUUCUCUUCUGAAAGAACAUCUGCUCUUUGAGAUGUUGUGACGUGUUUUAGUGAAGACAUUUCCUGACUGCAUGCAUCCUUCACUAAGUGUGAAGGUUUGGCAAAUUGAAGAUAGCCUUUCUUUGCAACAGUUGCUUGAAUUACCCUAGAGCAUCUUAGCCUAUUCGAAGUGCGUUAGUAACUUAUCCCCAGAUGCAAGCAUCUCAGGGACCACGAAGGUCGGGCGAUGUCCAUAGACUGUACCAUCAGCCAAUGCAGCAAGUUCAGCAAUACUACACUCCUUACCAGGCUGUUGACAACAACAUUUAUAACGAUAGCAGCAGCUCGGGGACACAGUUCUCUUUCCAGACACAGAAUGAACAGGUCUUCACUCUGGACUCAUUGCCGGCUACUGACUAUGCCAUAUACGAUGCAGCUCCUUCCGUGAGCGUCUCUUCCAACAGGAGUCCCUUCUCUCCUCAAUGUUCUCAGUCAUACAUUUCUGAUCCACACCAUUCAUUUGAUAACACUUGUGGUUCGCCUGUAAGUGGGUGUUCAGGAGUCGAUGAUGGCAACGGAAUGAAGCAUGCGCUGUGGGAACUGAAGAAUAAGUUGCGAGGGCCUGAAUCUGAUAUUGAUGAUAGCAGCAGUUGCUCGUUCAAUGGUGUAUUCUCAAAACCAUCUUCCUUGACAAAGCGGAAUCAAGUAUUGGACAUAGCCUCCAGAUUGGACUUAAAAGAUCUGCUUUUAGCCUGCGCUGAAGCAGUAGCAGAAGCUGAUAUCUCAACUGCUGAAGUUCUGAUGAAUGUCUUGGAGCAAAGGGUAUCGGUUUCUGGCGAACCUAUGCAACGACUGAGUGCUUACAUGUUGGAAGGGCUAAGAGCACGAUUACUGUCCUCCGGAAGUACCAUAUACAAAAAACUGAAAUGCAACGAACCAACUAGCUCAGAUUUGUUGUCUUACAUGCAAGUCCUCUAUCACAUCUGCCCGUACUACAAGUUCGCCUAUAUGUCCGCCAAUGUCGUCAUCGGGGAAGCCAUGAGGAAUGAGAAUACAAUCCAUAUCAUUGAUUUUCAAAUAGCACAGGGAAGUCAAUGGAUGUUCCUCCUCCACGAUCUUGCUCGUCGGCCUGGUGGACCGCCAUAUGUCCGCGUCACAGGCGUCGAUGAUUCCCAAUCAGCUCAUGCACGGGGUGGAGGACUUAAGCUAGUCGGUGAAAGGUUAGCAAAAGUUGCGGAGUCUUGUGGAGUGUCUUUCGAAUUCCAUGGUGCUGCCAUGUCAGGCUGUAGGGUCGAACUAGAGAACCUGCAAGUUAGACAUGGAGAAGCACUGGCAGUUAAUUUCCCUUACAUGUUACACCACAUGCCAGAUGAGAGCGUAAGCACUAUGAACCAUCGAGAUCGCCUAUUAAGACUAGUGAAGAGCUUGUCUCCCAAAAUUGUCACCCUAGUUGAACAAGAAUCGAACACCAACACCGCCCCUUUCCUUCCAAGGUUCCGUGAAACUCUAGAUUACUACACAGCAAUGUUUGAGUCAACUGAUGCAGCUCGUUCAAGGGAUGACAAGCAGCGGAUCAGUGCAGAGGAGCAUUGUAUUGCACGAGAUGUUGUCAAUAUAAUAGCAUGUGAAGGGGCUGACAGAGUGGAAAGACACGAACCAUUUGGCAAGUGGAGGUCAAGACUUGUGAUGGCUGGAUUUACUCCUAUCUCUUUGAGUCCAUCAGUUGGUGAGACCAUCAAGGACAUGUUGAAAGAGUAUAGCCCAAAUUAUAAGCUUGCCGAAAGCCAGGAGGUGCUUUAUCUUGGAUGGAAGAACCGAGCUUUGGCAACUUCUUCUGCUUGGCGAUGACAUUGUUGCGAUUGUUGUCUGAGAUCUGUAAAUUUUGCCUUCGCGAUCUUGACGUUAGCAUUUUCAUAGACUAGAAGAGUGUUUCUUUAGGAAAGAAAAUAGCUUUAAGCUCCAUAGUAGAGAAAGUCUACUCAACUUCAACUGUUGAUGAAGAAAUUAGCAGGUUUUUUUUAUUUUUUAUUUUUUUUUAUUUUAAAAAAACCAAACUUACCAGCUCUCUCAACCAGAUUUUGAACCUUCAUUUGAGCUGUAUUCUGCUGUGCCAUCUUGUAAUGAUAAAUCUGUUCUGGACCUCAGUGAGCAUAAGGUUUGCUA